AUGUUAAACAAGCAACUAUUCCCUUUGCUUCUCGUUUACGCUGCGGUGGCUGCAGCCGCGGCCACCGCUGCUAAGGAUGCACUGGUUACGUGCAACAUGGUGUAUAGUAGCCUCGAACCAUGUCUUGGUUACGUGUUAGGCGGUGGAUUAAGCGUCCCAUCAGAGUGUUGCGGUGGAAGUAAAUCUCUCCUCAGCAUGGGAUGUACCAUAGAUGACCGGCAAAGCGCUUGUAAAUGCAUAAAGAGCGCUGGUUCAAACGCUAACGAAGCUCAACUCAGUCGUGCUGCUACACUCCCUAGAAUUUGUAAGACCAAUGUUCCUUUCAAGAUUAGUCCACAUGUUGACUGCUCUAAGGUCAAUUAA